AAUUCGGCUAAUUUCAACUUUAGCCCUAAUUCUGAUCCGGAUUCGGAUGAUUCGGGUUUGCUUGCAGAUCCGGAUUCGUUUGUCGUUGAUGAUGAUCAAUUGAAUUUCGUUACGGAUCUUUUCGUGACCCGUGAUGGGAAUGUUACUGAAGAUGCGGAGGAGAACUCUAGGGUUUUUCUAGAGGAUGUGUAUGGUGAUUUUGGAUCUGAUUUUGAUGGGGUUUUUCUGCCAGAAGAUUGGGGUGAUGGGGUUAGGGUUGUGGGUAAUGGGUCGGAGUUCGAUUCGCAAGAAGUGGAGCUGAAUGAUAGGGAUUUGGGUGUUAAUGGUUUUUGGAAUUGUCUUCGGAUUGAUGAUGAUGAUCAGAGGGAUUUGAAUGAUGAUUUUGAAUGGGAAGAAGUGAAUGAAAGGGGAGAAGAUAGAGACUAUUUGAGUUCUGUAAUUGAUGGAAUUGAAGAAAUAUCAGUUUCUUCUGAUAUUUCUUCCACUUCUGAAGGAGGAGGGAACUCGAAUUCGAAUUUGAAUUCGGAUUCAAUUGAUGGGGGAGAUGAGCCGGUGAGGAAUUUAGAGUGGGAAGUUCUGUUGGCCGUUAAUAAUAUUGAAAGAAGUCUCGAAUUUGAUGGAAAUGAUGAUGGGAUUGCUCAUGUAUACGAUACUGAUCACGAAGCUUUGUUUGGGCAAUUUCUGGAAAGUGAAGGGGCUAUGAAGGGUAGUCCACCAGCAGCUAAAUCUGUCGUUGAAAAUCUUCCGUUGGUGGUAUUGAAGGACGAAGAAAAUAAGACGGCGUGUGCUGUUUGUAAAGAUGAGAUUUUGGUUGUGGAGAAGGUGACUGAGCUUCCUUGUUCCCAUUAUUACCAUUGGGAAUGUAUUGUACCGUGGUUAAACAUACGUAAUACAUGCCCUGUUUGUCGCCAUGAGUUACCCACGGAUGAUACUGAUUAUGAGAGGAGGAAAAUUGGAAGGCGUACUGGUGCUGGAGCUCAACACAUUAGUGACUUUCAGGUUAGAUACAAUUUUGAAGUUGUCCCUUGAGACACUUGCGAAUUCACACAGAAUUCAUAGGAUGUGCAUAUUCCCUUUGUGGUGAGUAUGUUGAUUCUUUUUAUAGGCUCUUCCUUUAGUUUUUACUUCGGGUACAAUGUAUGUAUGUACGAUUUCCGGUUUGUAUGACGGUCUGAAUUGCUGUAAUUGUACCAUUAGACAUGCGACAAAGUAAAAGGAUUAUUGAGUUAUUAAUACUACUAUAGAGGCUGAUGAUGUUUGAAACAA